CUGUCGCGACCAUGAGGAAGAGAACGAGCAGCAGCGGGAGCGGCCAGAACAUCACAGCGGGGGCUGUGACUACUAGUGCCGCCAGUGGGAAAAGUACCAAGAGCUGCUUUGCGUUCGUCUCCACUGCCGCUCCGGGUUUAAAGCCCGGUGCGGGAAGCGACGCCCUCAUGGAUGAAGCGGAAGACGGCGAGGAGGAGCCCAAAUUUCAGCAACCGCGACUGCGCCGAGCCGGUGGAAGCGGCAGCGGCGGAGGCGGCGGCGGUGGUGGUAGUAUACGAAUGAAAAACUUCUCCUCAGGAGGGGGAGUCACGUCGACACCCAGUAAGAACUUGAACAAUAACGAGCUCUGCCUAUUGCAAGGAGAGGGGUCUACACGUGCAGCUUCAGUAGCCAACCCAACCGCUGCGAAGACGUGCCAGGGAGAUGGCUCUGGACGUGGCGGCACAAACAGAGGGGGAGGAGGGGACGCUGGUGCCGGUUUAGCGGCGACCGCGGAGGCUACAAGUGCUUCAGGUGAUGGUAGCAACGGCGCGGCUCCCAUCACAGACAUGAAAUGCAACAAAAACGGAGAAUGCCGGCGGGACUCAGGCUCGGCGGGGAGGCAGAGCCCUGUUGCACCGAAACAAGAAAAGCAAAGUGGCGACGAAGUUGGAGUCGAGGACGGGAGUAAGCGAGCAUCCUGUAACUCUACAACGGCCGGCAUGGACGGUCCAGCCACCCCUGCCGGAUGCUUGGCACAGGCACAGGGACAGGGCAGCGAGACUGCGACCACCGGCGUCUCUACCACUGUCACCGCUGUCUCGGAGAAGAAGGACUCGAAGGUUUCCUUCUCCAACGCGCCGAGCAGGAAAGCGUCGUCCUCUGUGCAUGGGCCGGGUCAGACGCAGUCCCAGCAGCCCAGGAAUUCUGUGACUUUUCUCAAGUCUGAGGACGGGCCUCAGCUCGUGACCGAGGAUGGGGAGCCGCGAGGGAGCCAGGCUAGUUUCAUGCAGCGCCAGUUCAGCAGCAUGCUGCAGCCGGGAGUCAACAAAUUCUCUUUGCGUAUGUUUGGAAGUCAAAAGGCCGUCGAAAGGGAACAGGAACGUGUUAAAUCGGCAGGCAACUGGAUUAUUCACCCGUACAGUGAUUUCAGGUUCUACUGGGACUUCACCAUGCUGCUCUUCAUGGUGGGCAACCUGAUCAUCAUCCCUGUGGGCAUCACCUUCUUCAAGGAGGAAACCACCACUCCCUGGAUCAUCUUCAACGUGGUAUCUGACACCUUCUUCCUCACGGACCUGGUGCUCAACUUCCGCACGGGCAUCGUGAUCGAGGACAACGCCGACAUCGUCCUGGACCCUGAGAAGAUCAAGAAGAAGUACCUGAAGACGUGGUUCGUGGUGGACUUUGUCUCCUCCAUCCCUGUGGAUUAUAUCUUCCUCAUCGUGGAGAAGGGCAUCGACUCGGAGGUGUACAAGACGGCCCGCGCCCUGCGCAUAGUACGCUUCACCAAGAUCCUCAGUCUGCUCCGCCUCCUCCGGCUCUCCAGACUCAUCCGCUACAUCCACCAAUGGGAGGAGAUCUUCCACAUGACCUAUGACCUGGCCAGCGCUGUGAUGCGGAUCUUCAACCUGAUUGGUAUGAUGCUGUUGCUGUGCCACUGGGACGGCUGCCUGCAGUUCCUGGUGCCCAUGCUGCAGGACUUCCCCCCGGACUGCUGGGUGUCACUCAACAGGAUGGUGAAUGACUCCUGGAGCGAGCAGUACUCCUUCGCAGUGUUCAAGGCCAUGAGUCACAUGCUGUGCAUCGGCUACGGCCGGCAGGCCCCCGAGAGCCUGUCCGACAUCUGGCUGACCAUGCUGAGCAUGAUCGUGGGCGCGACCUGCUACGCCGUCUUUAUCGGCCACGCCACCGCGCUCAUCCAGUCCCUCGACUCCUCGCGGCGCCAGUACCAGGAGAAGUACAAACAAGUAGAGCAGUACAUGUCCUUCCAUAAACUGCCGGCUGACUUCCGACAGAAAAUCCAUGACUACUAUGAGCACAGGUACCAAGGGAAGAUGUUUGAUGAGGAAAGCAUUCUGGGAGAACUCAACGAGCCCUUGCGAGAGGAAAUUGUUAACUUCAACUGCAGGAAGCUGGUGGCCUCCAUGCCCCUGUUCGCCAACGCCGAGCCCAACUUCGUCACGGCCAUGCUGACGAAGCUGCGCUUCGAGGUCUUCCAGCCCAGGGACUACAUCAUCCGUGAGGGCACCAUCGGCAAGAAGAUGUACUUCAUCCAGCACGGGGUGGUGAGCGUGCUGACCAAAGGCACCAUGGGAAUGAAGCUCUCUGACGGCUCCUACUUUGGAGAGAUCUGCCUGCUGACGCGAGGUAGGCGCACCGCCAGCGUCCGAGCCGAGACCUACUGCCGCCUCUACUCGCUCUCCGUCGACAACUUCAAUGAGGUGCUGGAGGAGUACCCCAUGAUGAGGAGAGCCUUCGAGACUGUGGCCAUUGACCGACUCAACCGCAUAGGAAAGAAGAACUCCAUCCUGAUGCACAAAGUCCAGCACGACCUCAACUCCGGCGUCUUCAACAACCACGAGAAUGAGCUGAUCCAGGAGAUUGUCAAGUAUGACCGUGAGAUGGUGCAGCUGGUCGACCUGCAGCGGUCACGGGCCAUGUCUAUGACUCCGCCCACCCAGGGGACCAUUUUUGGCCCGGCGGGCCAGCCCCAGUCGGGCUCCGCCAUCGCCACCCUACAGCAGGCGGUGGCCAUGAGCUUCUGCCCGCAGAUGGUGAGCCCUCUGGUGGGCCCCAUGUCCCUGCAGUCCCCAAGGAUGGUGCGGCGGUUCCAGGUGGUCCAGAACCUGUCCAGCCCCGUCUCAGCAUCCCCCCUCCAAUCCCAGCAGCCCUCUGCCGGGGCCUUCGCCUCCGCCAUCUCCAGCCCGCCCGUUCAGAGCCCGCUGGCGGCCGGGGGGCGGACUUUCCAGUACGGCCCUGGCUCCGCGGCAGGCCUCUCGGGUUCCCAGCUCUCCCUGGUGCAGCACCACGCCCCCGGCCCCACACAGCGCACCGCCUCUCAUAAGAGCACCCACCCCUUGCAGGGGGGCGCCUUGGGCCAGGACACCAGGGCGCUGUCUGCCUCUCAGUCCUCCCUCCCCCAGGAAGGAGCUCCUCCUGCUUCCCCCAGCCAGCCCCCGUCUCCCACUGUCGGACCUGCCCAGGCACAGCCCAGCAUGCCCGGCCCCCCUGGGCUCAGGGGCAGUGUGCCACAGAAGGCGCCGCUGCCACCCAAGAUGCCGACGGGGUCGUUUUCCUCCGUCUCGCCCUCGGAGGCCCCUCCGGGGAAGGGGACGGUCACAGGACCCAGCCCACUGGACCCGGGGGCGCCCAAGAAAGAUUCCGUUGUCAGCCUUUCCGAAACAGAUCCGGCCAGGUCAUGCCUAUCUUCCAACUUGUGACCUGAGCAUAGCUGUAUGGCGAGGGCCUGUGGCCCAUUGAGCCUUAAAGCUUCCCCCACUCCCUGUUGCACUCUGAAUCUUACAAUCUGAAUGUAUGUAUGUGUGCUGCACCGGCGGUGAUGGGGAGUAAGUGGAACUAUGACACUAUGUAUCACUAACAAUAUAGUCUGUACAGAUGAAUAAUCAACAAAGGCGGGGGUGUUUCCACUCUACAGACACACGCAGAUGUGGUCAUGCCUUUCCACAUUCUGCCACCAAAUGCCUCCUUAAUUUGCUUUCUUUAUUGUAAAACGUAGUCCAAAACAUAAUGAAUAUACCUGUCACAUGCUGUAUAAAAUCCAAACAGUGCAAAUUAGACUGAACAAGGACAGAGGAGGUACCAGCAGCCUGCUUCAGAUAACAGUUGUGAAACAUUCUGGUGUUGUUUUCAUGUAUAAACUAUCAUAGAAAAAAUAACUAGGUGUUCUACUCACGACACUGUUAUCUCAGCA